AUGGCGACUUUCAUCAUAAAGGUUGGUCAUCGAGCGCAUCUUCCUCGUCUUCUUCGUCCCGCCGUAAGGCUUGGCCACCUCCACUUUCAAAAUCAAAAUUUUACAAGCAGUUCAACACCAACAGUCGUAGAUAAACAGGAGAAAGCUGUCGAGGUGAUUGAUGACGACGGAAAGGUAGAGAAGUAGAACUAAGAACUUACUUGCAAGCUGACUUAUAUUAGCUGAUUUAUCUAGUGCAUUGUUGUCGAGGAGUUGACCAUGAAGUUAAAAUUAUUCCUCACUGAAUCUUUUAGGAAGUAAUCGACACAACGACUGGUGUACCAGACUGGCUUGUCAAAGAAAGAAAAGCAAGGAUUUUUGUCCCUGCACGAACAGCGACGCAGUCCGGUUCGUUUAACACAAAGAAUUGGCAAAUAGAGUUUGAUACGAUGGAACGUUGGGAGAAUCCAUUGAUGGGAUGGGCCUCGAAGUAAGUCACUUGAUAAAGCAUCAGUUUCGAGGCAGAUGGAUGCAAAUUAAGAAAUAUUUUUGUACAUAGUAUGAAUACUGCUCGUGUCAGUGAAUAUGCUUGAGCUCAUAGCUCGACAACGAUAAUGUAACAAAAUCAAAUGAGGUUUGAUUUAUCUGAGUACCAAUUGGACCCAGGAAAGAGAAAAGGUCAAACCAAGCUAGGUUAAUUAUUUGGUAAAUAACAUUAACUUUUUUGAUAUUGCAUUGGUGGCGUCAAAUUUGAGUUUCAAUUUUUGAUUUUCCAGUAGAUAAUAUCAUAAAACGAAGUUCAAAGGCCACAACAUACGGGGUGAAAGACUGUAGAGAAAGCUGAUUCUAAGUUUUAGUAGCUGCACAGUUGGUAGUCAUAAUUAUUUUCCAAACUUGACAAGUACACUCACUGUAACAAGAAUAAAUGACUGAUAAUAUAUGAAAAUUUUAUUUGUGAACUGCAGACAAAGGAAUGAAUAUGGAAGUGAUCUUCAUAGUACAGCGAACAUAUGGGCCUAAAAAAAAAGAAAAUCCCUUACAAGCCUGAAUGUUUUUCAGGCCAUAUUUUCACUACUGCUUAAGUAGUGCUCGUUACUGUGAAGAUCGCUUCCAUAUUCAUCAAACAAGAAUGUUAGAAAUGUUCAAGGUCUUACACCAGUGGCAAAACAUGACCAAUACUUUACGUCUUUCAUUGUCUAAGAACUCAUCCAUGAAAGUAGAGGGAAGGGAGGAGAUGCUUAUUAGAGGUGGAAAAGAAGGCACUAGUAUAAAACUUAGUAAAUAGGAGGAUUACUUACAACUGAAAUGGGGAUGUUUUUUAUUGCAUCUCAAUUAAUGUAUUUGUUUCUUUUCAUUGUAGUGCUGAUCCCUUGUCUAACAUUUAUCUCACAUUCCCCUCAAAAGAGGCUGCUGUGAACUAUGCUGAGAAACAUGGUAACUACUGAUGCUUACACCACUGUAGUCAGUGAAAUGAAAGCUUUUUGUUUUGAGUCCAAUCCUUGCUUGAAAAUGAAUAUUAUAGCUCACAAUAUAAGUAACAUAGAAAUGUAGAAGAGCUGAAAAAGUGUCCCAUUUCUCUUCCCCCAACAUUAAAGCCAUUUAUUAUUUUGUAAUGCUUGUAAUAAUGUACACAAAAUAAUUGUCAAAAGUUCACCCGUCUUGACUUUCAGUGACGCAUUUUUCAUAUAAUUUCUCCUAUCAUUUGGUUUAAAUGAGCACUUGUAGAUUUUUUGAAGACUUUGAAUCUCACUUUCCAUACAGGCUCAUGCAAUUUUGUUGUCCGAAAAAUUCUAAAUUGAAAAAAAUUGUACUCAAAAAUAUAUUACCUAUACUAACAUUAACCAUGCAGCAAUGUUGGCAUACUUAUUGGUUGAGAGCACAUCAAUCCCUUUCUUUAAAGGCUUCAAAUUGCCUUCUCUACAGGCACAUGUUUAUAGUUUCCAAAUUGCACUCAAAAUCAGUUGACUACAAGUAUUCAUUACACCUGAUUAAGAUGCCUUCUAAUUUUCCCUGUGUUAUCAGGUUGGAAUUAUGAAAUUGAUGACAAACAUGAAGUCAAGAUGAAGCCAAAGUCUUAUGGAGCAAACUUUUCUUGGAACAAGAAAACCAGAGUGUCUACUAAAUAGAAACAUAAACGAUUAUAUCUGGUUUGAUAAGGUUGAGGGAAAGGUUGUUAAAACAUGAAACAAAUUUCCUUUUCUUUUACAACAUUAAUCUGUACUGUUAUGUACAUUUUGUUCCAUGCAAUGUAAAUAAACUUUUUGGUGAGAAGAUCAGUUUGUGUUCUUGGAUUCAUUGUUGUUAAUGCUUAG